GCGCAGUGCGAAUUGAAGAGGUCACGUUACAAAGGAUACAAGACAGCUUAAAAAUGUAGGAUUGUAAGAGGCAAGUUUCUUUGAUUUAGACUUUAGUUAUUUGAAGUGUUUUAUAAUAUUAAUGUAUGUGAAAACUCCUCCUGACUCAAUUCAAGCAGAAGGUCUUAAAUAGUUAAUGAAUCAUUUAGACAAUUUGUGACAUCAAGAUUUCUAUUUUGAAAAGACGUUGUUCCAAAGGCAACCUCAUAAAAUCUGUAUAAGACGUCAUCAGUAGUUGCGUGCAUUGUGAAAGCGUCAUCAGCUUAACAUUUCCUCUAAGCUUUACAAACAAUGGCGUCGUUAACGGCGUCCAACUUUUUACUCGACUGACUCGGACAACACAGCCACCAACUUGUACCAUGGACUUCAGUAAACAUGAAUCGGACGUGGACAAUCACAACACCAACCAAAACGAGGCUACCAGCCGCGCCAACCUCAUGCCGGAUCAGUUUCCAGAUACGACUUUCCUGUCGCGUUCUACAGCCCCAGCUCAACAAAACUUGGAGGUAAAUGAUUUAAACCUUAAAGUAGACCCAGGUUACCACGGCAUGGUUCCUGCCAUCAUAGUCACCCCUGCUUCGCCGGGUCAAUUUGAAAUCCAUAAUGACCGAAGCGAUUUUAGAUCCUUCGAGCAAACCUCGAACGAAUCGAACUCUAGAAAUCUUGAAUUAGAAUUGCUCUGCACUCCUGAUACUGAUACCACACUAAAUAUAUCCCGCCCUGAUAUGGGGUGUGGUGAAACAAAUAAUGGCCUGGAUACUAUCAAUGACGAGGAUAUAGAGGUGAUAUGUCGUUAUUCCUCUACCCCUGUGAUGUCAAACACCGCACGAAACGGACCGGGGUUGGAGGAUUCUGAUUGUAGCAUGAUGUCUCUGAACAACGCUAGUCCUAUCGCCCCAGCUGACAGCUGCGUUGGUACCCCUAUCAAGUCCAUCCACCACGAGUUCGAGGCGGAUGGUGAGAAUAAGGUCACUUCCGGGGACGGCCAUCAAGUUCAGGGUUCACUUCUGGUUCACCCCCAGUACGUAUGUCAACAUCCGGGUCAGCCACUGCUUCGCCACGACGGCGCCUCCUCUCAAGAACUGCAACCCGGCUUCGACGAUGAACGAAACGUCAACCAGUGCUCUCUCCCGACAGCCUUGAUCGUCACCGGCGCUUGCUCCAACACGCCGAACGUCUACUCCACCUACAUGCCCGGGGGGUCGGGCUACAAUGAUUACUUCCCCACCCGUGACAGCUCUUGGACAGAUUUAAGCUACAGUUCCGACCUCUCCCCUGUCCCGCCUAUGUCUGGUAACCAAGGCGACCCGUGUUGUUACUCCAUGAUGAGCAGCGUCCCCACCGAGACCGAGUACUUCGUCUACCCCUCCAUCUAUGUCUCCAGUGCAGGUCUCAUCUCAGUUCUACUGCGAAACGACAUGUCUGUUGAAAUGACCGUCGACCGCACCAUCCGGGUGGUUUCCCACAAUCACAUGAUGGCCGUUGCGACCGACAGCCGAGGCACCGCGGCAUGCCUCUACCACCCGGCGGUCAAAGUCUUCCAGAUCGGCACCACCACCGACAUCGCUACUCAGAACUUCCGGGCUCGCAUGGGCGGCGGCGACGCCAUCGUUUUCUCCAACGGCAUCAAUUUUUUCAAGCUGGAAGACUCGGAACUUCAGCCGACCGCCCCCAUCAAGUUUACUGAUAUCCUGCGUGACCAAUCCGUCAACUUGCUGUUUUCGUCGGAAGGUUACGGCGAGUCUCUUGUGGCGAGUUGUAUGCAGGUGGCGGCUCAAGCUGAGUACGCCAACCUUCCUAAAGGUGGCGUCAUCGUCCGGAUCAACGGGGUCAAGGUCACACAAACCGGCGGCGGUGACGUCACCGUGGUCACGGGGGCUAAAUUUAUCCGCCUGUCUCCUCAUUUCGGCACUACGCGUCUAGGGAACCGGUUUGUCGACAUUGAGGUGGAAAAGGACUGGACAGUCAAACUGACCCGCGGCUCCCAUAGUUUUGUUUAUUCCAAGAAGCGGGCCAUGGUGUGUAACGGCAAGAUGGAGGCCGGAUUCGACGAGAACAACGGCCUCAAGGUCACCAACCUCCAGCCUCGGCACCCGCUUCUCGCCGAGCCGUCGGUGGUUCGGCGCCCGGUUAGAAAACCGGUUCGUGUGGCUUCCAGCUCGGGUACCCCCAAACGCAGGCCUGGCCCGCAAGGGAUGGGGCGAGGUGGAGGCAUGCUAUAAAUAGAACAUUGUUUGAUUCAACACAUUUUAAAAAACAAAAAAAAAAAUUGCCAAAGUGUUUAUUUAGUUUUAUAUAAAAAUGCAUGUAACUAUUUUUAGAUUUUAUUUUGCUUUGUCCUUUAUUGAAGUAACUGUUUUUAAAAAAUGAAAAAAAAAUCGACAUUAAAUUUGGACUGACUUUUUGACGAAUACUUACUUUUUUGUGACUGUUAUUUCAUUUUGUUUCAAUAUUUUCUCUGAACAAUAUUUUUCCCAAAAGCAUUGAGAGUCCAGAUUCUAUUAUAUACAUAAACAUUUUAGCGAAGUCUAACAAACUAAUUGUAAAAAAAAGCGAUGGCUUAUUCCACUAAUGUCAUGAAUAUUUAUUUCAAAAGUUGUAACAGCAUUUUAUUAUUGAUGACGCUUUUCAUGAAAUCUACAUUGAAUAAUGCACAUGAAAGUAGUAAAAAAUAAAUAAACAACAACCAAUCUAGAAACAUAUACGAGGUUGUUACAUUGAUAUGCUUAUAGUAUUUUUAUGGGGUUGUAUUAAAAACAUAAAACAAAAGCUCAUAUAAAAUGAGAAAUGUACUGAGUAUUUGUAAAUUAUUAAUAAUUAUUACACUAUUUAUAAUUGAAUAAAAUCGUUUGAUAAAUAAUC